AGGUUGGACCUUCGUCGCACUUAUAUGGUGAAUCUUUCCAAGCUUUUUUGAGCUGAUUAACCGAAUGGCCGAAACGGAUGCACAAUUUGAUGAUCUGUAUGACCUACAAGAAAUAAUCGGAAAGGGUCCGUUCAGCGUCGUUCGACGAUGCGCUCACAAAGAAACAGGCAUUCAGUAUGCGGUGAAGAUUGUUGAUGUGGUGAAGUUCACAAGUAGCCCGGGUCUUUCCACUGCUGAUUUGAAACGAGAAGCUAGCAUUUGUCACAUGUUGAAACAUCCACAUAUAGUGGAGCUACUGGAGACGUACAGCAGUGAUGGAAUGCUUUACAUGGUCUUUGAGUACAUGAAAGGCGCUGAUCUGUCUUUUGAGAUCGUCAAAAGGGCAACGGCCGGGUUCGUAUACAGUGAAGCGGUAGCAAGCCAUUAUCUACGUCAGGUUCUGGAAGCCCUUCGUUACUGUCACGAAAACAAUAUAGUUCAUCGCGAUUUGAAACCGCAUUGCGUCAUUCUGGCAAGUCAAGAAAAUUCGGCCCCGGUCAAGCUGAGUGGUUUUGGACUAGCAUUCCAUAUGGAUCCAAAUACAAACGAGAUUUCUGGAGAUACUCCGCUAACUGUGGAUCAAGAAAUUUUCGUUUCCUUACGUUCAGAUCAGUGUGGCCGAAUCGGUACACCGCACUUCAUGGCACCAGAAAUGGUUCGUCGUGAACCUUAUGGAAAGGCUGUCGACGCAUGGAAUUGUGGUGUCCUUCUGUUUGCAUUACUCAGUGGAUCACUACCUUUUUAUGGCACUCGGGAUAUCCUUUUCACUCAGAUCGUCUCCGGUCGAUACCACCUGCAACCAAAAGUGUGGAAUAUGAUCUCCACAGAAGCCAGGGACCUGGUAAUGCAUCUGUUGGAACCAGAUCCACAUCAGCGCAUGACAAUUGAAGAAGCGCUUCAUCAUCCCUGGAUUAGUCAAAAGGCUCGGGCCUCCAAAACACACCUCCAUGAAACUGUUGAAGAAAUGCGGCGAUUCAAUGCCCGAAGGAAGCUGAAGGGCGCGAUCCUGGCCGCUGUAUCAAGCACAAAGUGGGCAAGUUUUUAUUCGGAUAUCGAGGCUGGAAGCACUGAAGACAUUCUAGAUGAAGACGAUGAGGUAACAUCAGCCGCUGUCAGCGCUGUUCUAGACAGCCUGGAUGAAAUGCAGUGUCUCACUGAAUGUUCCGAAAAGGAUGCUGAUUUAUUCCAAUCUGUGUUCGAAGAUGAACAUCUUCAUUGCCUUCUGGAGCUUUAUGACCACAUCAAUUCCUACGGACUUGGGCCAAGUUUUCGUGCGCCUGAAGACGCGACGAGCAAAUGCCAUGUGGUGGUGACGGAGCUGACAAAAAUAUCGAAUCCGGAAUUCAGUGGAUUGGCUGAUGAAGUUCGCUACCUGCUGAGACUUCCACAUCUCCGAGGUCUCCUUCAAACCCACGAUGUAGUUGCUCAUGAGGUUUAUAGUUCUGACGCCCUUCGGAUCACCCCUCCUCCACUUUCGUCUUUCCUGAACGGAGAUGAUGAUGACGAACAACUGGAAACAGACGUUGAACCUCACGUGACUCGGGUGCGACUAGUACAGUUCCAGAAGAACACAGAUGAACCGAUGGGUAUCACACUCAAGAUGAAUGACGAAGGUCGAUGUAUUGUGGCGAGAAUAAUGCACGGUGGAAUGAUUCACAGACAAGGGACCUUGCAUGUUGGAGAUGAACUUCGGGAAAUCAACGGAGCACCUGUAGCUGGAAGAUCUGUUGAACAUCUUCAGCGUAUUCUGCGUGACGCACGAGGUAGCGUAAGUUUGAAAAUCGUGCCAAGUUAUCGAACCAACCCUGUUCAGUGUGAGAUUUACGUACGAACUAUGUUUGACUAUAAUCCGGAGGAAGAUGACCUCAUACCAUGUCCGCAGGCGGGCGUUCGCUUCCAAGUCGGAGAUAUUUUGCAGAUAAUCAGCAAAGAUGAUCAUAACUGGUGGCAGGCCAGGCUCUGGGGUACUGACUACCACUCACCAGCUGGUCUAGUUCCAAGUCCAGAACUUCACGAAUGGCGUAUGGCAAAUAAGCCAGUGGAAAAUAAUCCUGUAGGUGAAAACGUAUACUGUGGCUCAUGGUUCAGUCGCAAGCGACGACAGGCCAGAGAGAAAUAUCGUCUUAAGCACUCGGCUGUCUACGAUCAAUUAGAUCUAGUCACCUACGAGGAGGUUGUGCGGCUGCCUCAGUUUCGCCGGCGUACACUCGUAUUACUCGGAGCACAUGGAGUUGGACGUAGACACAUUAAAAACUGCCUCAUACAGUCUGCUCCGGAUCGGUUUGCAUAUCCAGUCCCACAUACUACUCGUGCCCCACGAAAAGACGAAGUCAGUGGUAAGAAUUAUUAUUUUGUGUCGCACGAAGAGAUGAUGCGUGACAUAGCGGCCAAUGAAUAUUUGGAAUAUGGCACGCACGAGGAUGCAAUGUAUGGCACCAAGUUGGAUACUAUUCGACAAAUCCACGCCGCCGGAUUAAUUGCUAUUCUGGAUGUGGAACCACAAGCCUUGAAAGUGCUCCGUACCGCAGAGUUCGCACCUUGUGUCGUAUUCAUCGCUGCACCCGCCUUACGAGACAUGGCCAACGACCAGCACAACCCCAAUGAUGGAAGCUUGGAACGUCUGGCUCGUGAGAGUCAGUUUUUGGAAAACCAUUAUCGACACUACUUUGACUUGAAGAUUGUGAACAAUGACAUCGAAGUUACGAUCCAGCAACUGAAGAGGGCAAUUGAUGAGUUUCAAACAAAUCCCCAAUGGAUCCCAGUAACAUGGGUCUAUUAAAUUCCACAACCAGCUAGCGCCAACCUAGCACCGACCACGAUGUAGGACUUCGGUCAGCUCACUUAUCUGUUGGCUCACUACCCCAGUCAUAUUCUUUCGUGAUAAACUGUCUUUGUUGAUAUAUUCACUCAUGAUUUGCUAAUCCUUCUCUUCGACCUGUACAGCUUCCGUUUUGUGUCAGAUACUGAGCAGAUAACUGAAUAUCCUUGUAUUCAGCGUUGAUCUUGAUUUGGCUGUCUGAAAAGAUCAUUUGUUCCCAGUAACUUAUUUAUCAUCUCCUUUCGUUUUUCUUUCGAUAGCAGUGUUAUUCUUUUCUCAGCUUUACUUCAUACUGUCUAAUGUAAUCAACUAAUUGAAUAGUGCA